GUUCAGUCACUCGGCUGCACACUGGCAUGACACUGACAGCGCUGUUAGGAACAAAUCUAGAUGUUUCCGCCCUGUUGGGGCCGGUGGGUGCUGUCCUGUGGGAUGGAUGACGUCCAGGACCAGGACCACUAUGAGGAGCGCCUGAAAGAACUUUUCAGCAGUUUCGACGCCGCCGGCUGUGGCUCGCUGUGCCCGGAGGAGCUGGCCGACCUGUGCCUCUCUCUCCACCUGGACGACGCCACCCCGGCCCUGCUGGACUCACUGCUGCACAAUCAGGACCGCCUCACCGCCAGGGUCGACUUCCACCAGUUUAAGGAUGCGCUGAUUUUGGUCCUGUCAUCUGGUAUCGAAGCCCCCCGAGCGAAGCAGGACUCCCCGGCCCCCAGACCAGAGUCUCCCGAGAUCCAGCCAAAGUUCGUGAAGGGCAGCAAGCGAUACGGCCGCCGCUCCGCGCCCGUAAUCGUCGACGCCAAUUCAGACUUGUGCGAGGACGAGGCCGAUUCCGAACACCCCGAUCAGGGCCAUGUCGCCAAGGACAACUAUGACUCAGCCAUUCCGAGAAAGCGCGAGCGUUGGAAUGCUGUUGAAACGAGCACCGAGGAGUAUCAAGCAGAAGGCCAGAUGCAUCUGUGGAACCCAGACGAGCCGAGCACGCCUGGAGCGUCCGUCAAGGCUCCCCGCUUGCAGCAUCUCGAGGCGAGGUUUCAAGAGGCCUGUGAGGACUUGGCCAUAUCGUGGGACGGCUGCGCCCAUCACGCUGAUCUGCUCGCUCUCUGCGACUGUCUGGGCCUGGAGAUAAGUGCCGAUGUGGUCCAAAGUCUGAACGGUGACAGAUGGAUUAACGUUCAAGACUUUGUUGCCAUGGUUUUAAACUACAGCAAACCUGCCACCCCGUCUGCUUCCACUCCUUACCGGCAGCUUAAACGACACCACUCCACUCAGCCCUUCGACGAGGUGGGCCGCAGAAUCGCCACGCCCUCAGCCCUGAUAGGCACCAUCGGCACGCGGCUCUUCUCCACCCUGGACGACGGCACCGGCUUCACUCCGGUCGAGUCCGUCAUGGACGCUUGGAUGGAGGAGGGCAUUGAAAACAGCACUGAGAUCCUGCAGGCGUUGAAUUUCAGCCUCGACGGCAAGUUGAGCCUGUGCGAUCUCACCGCGGCGCUCGAAAAUGAACUCCUGGUCACCAAGAACGGCGUCCACCAAGCGGCGUUGGCCAGCUUCAAGGCAGAGAUCAGGCAUCUCUUAGAGCGUGUGGAUGGAGAACUCAGGGAAAAAGAGAAACUCCGGUCGGACCUGGAAAAGGCGGAGAGACUUAAAAACCAACUCGCCACUGAGGUGGAUGAGCAUCACUCGUCAAUAGAGCACACAAAUAACCUCAAUCUCAGGAAGCUGGAGCAGGACCACAGAGAGAAGCUGGCCACAGUCCGGUCGGAGCUGAUGAAGGAGAUGGACCAGAUUCGACUGCAGGCGACACAACAGCGCGAGGAGCUGGAGGCGGAGAUGGAGAAGAUCAAGGACGACGAAUCCUUCCUCAGGGACCAUCUCUCCAUCUCGGUGAAGGAGAACCGACAUCUUGAAAUGGAGUUGUUGGACUGUAGUGAAAAACUCACGGAAGCUCAAAGCCAGGUGGCAAAACUGCAGGCCAGUUUGGACAACAUCAUGAAAGAAAAAUUUGGUGAUUUGGAGCCCAGCAGCGCUGACGUCUUCUUCCAGGAGCAGCGCAUUAAGCAGCUACGACUCGGCUAUGAAGCGCAGUGCAGGGAGUUGCAGGAUCGUGUGGAUGAGCUGCAGUCAGAAGUGCGGGACCUACACAGCUUGGGCCGAACCCAGCAGCCCUGCCACAAGCCUCUCUCUGAGGAGCUUGAGAGUAAAAGUCCCGGCAUGGAGUCUGACCCAGGUCUCGGCUCAGAGGAGGUUCAUCCUUUUAGCAUGAGUCUGGAGGCGGAGAUGAUGCUGGAGCAGCAAAAGGAGCAACACCUUCACCAAAUGGACGAGUUGAGGAACCAACUGGAGUGCAAAAUCAAUGAAUUCAGUACAAUGCUUGAACAGCAGAGGGUGACCAACGACAACCAGAAGGACGCACUGGCCCUCCAGUACCAGCAGGAAGUCCAAGCCUUGAGGGAAGAGCUGGCUGGCGUUGAGUUGCGCACACAGGAGCUCCAGAGCAAGCUCGAACAGGCCGAGCUGGAGCUGGCAGAGGAGAGCAAGAAGCUGGAGGAAAUGAGCUCCCUGAGGUUCCAGCUGCUCGAGGCCCAAACCCGCGCUGGAGAGCUGGAGGAGCAGCUGAGGAACCUGCAAGAGAAACCAGUAGCUCAGAAUCUUCUUACUGACAUGGAGGAGCUUAGAAAGCAGCAUGAAAGUGCAAUAAAGACUCUAGAGAAGAAGAACAUGGAGUUGUUGGAAACUAGACUGAAGGAGGCGCAAAGUAAACACCAGGAAGAGAAGGAUGUGCUGGAGAAGAGCUGGUUAGAUGGUUUUGAAAGGGAGAAGCAACUGCUGAGACAAAGCCACAAGGAGGCGAUAAGGACCAGGUUAGAGGAAGAGAGGUCCAUCUUCGAGAAGGAGCAACGUCAGACUGUGCAGAGGCUGACGAAGGAGUGGCAGAAGGAGCGAGCUCAGUUGGACGAGCAGAACAAUGAGUCACUGCAGGCGAAGCUUGAAGAGGAGAUGCUGAAACUUGUGAUGGACCAGGAGGAGAAGGAGAGCCAGCUCAGGGAGCAGUGGGAGAGCGAGCGGGCUCAACUCCUGCAGCACCAGGAGGAGGCACUCCUCAACCACGUCGCUCAAGAGCGACUGCAUCUCCGGGAGGAGCAUGAGCACAAGGAGAUGAAACUGAAGCAGGAGUGGAAGGACGAGAGGCUGCAGCUGGAGGACGACUACGAGGCAAUGCUCCAGGAGAGACUGGAUGAGGAGCGGGAGAAACACCAAGCGGAGAAGGAGGCGCUGCAUAAGCGGCUGCAAGGCCUGGUGGACAUGAAGAGAGCACGACAGGAGGAGAGCCACGGGGAGGCCAUGCGGGAGCUGGCGGCCAAACAUGCCGAGGAGAGGAACUCGCUCAGCGGGAUGCUGGACAAACUACGAGACCAGGUCGCUCAGGAGAGGCAACACACGGAGGUGAGCUUCUCCCAGAAAAUCGAGGAAUUAGAGCGUCGUUUCUCAGCUGACCAAGAGUCUGUGGCCGAGCGCUUCGAGGCGGACGUCACGAAGCUGGAGCAGCACUAUCAAAGUGAGCUGAAGCGGCUCUCAGAGAGCCACGCCGGACAGAAGCUCCUCUGGGAGGCGCAGCUGCAGAGAGCACUCGAGGGCGCCGUGGAACAAAGAGAACAGACAGAGAAUGCUAUGGAACGGGAAGCAGAGAGACGGAAGCAGGAGUGGACACAAGAGCAGCUUGAGAUGAAGAGGGUUCAUGAAGAAGUUGUGGAAGCAACGGUGAAGAAGAACCAGCAGUUGAACCAUGAGAUGGAGAGCAUCAAGAGAACGUCCCAGACCAAAGAAACGGAGCUAAGUCGACAGUUGAAUGACCUACACAACCGACUUCAGGAAAGCGUGCAGACCAAAGAGCAGCUUCUUGCUCAGUCGGACAAGAAAGCAACAGACAUCGAACUCUUGCUCAGCCAGACGGUCGAAGACUUCCGACAGGAGAGGGAGGAACUUCUGAACAGCCACUUGUUGCUAGAAGCGAAAUACAAAGAGAUGCUUUCCAUUUCCAAAAGACAGACCGUCGAGAGGAUUGAACUGCUAACUGAGCGCGACGACUUGAAGCUGAGGAUCGAGGAAAUGGAAAAGCUUCUUAAACAAGCAGCAGACGACUUUGAGGUGGACAGAGAGGAGCUUCAAGAACAUGUGGCCAUCCUCGAGGAGAAGUUGAAAGGAAGUCAUGCUAAAAAUGUGGCUGUAGAAAAAGCUAGGAACGCCACAUUGGAAACAAAGAUCUUAUAUGUCAGUUGUCCAAGUCAAGGGAUUGUAGAAGAUACAGUUAUUGAAACUGAUGCAGUGGAAACAAAUACAGAAGACAUUCUACUUAUUGGGCAGGAACCUUGUGAAGAACAAGACACCAUGCCGCAAGUGAAGAUAAAAUCAAGUGAAAACCAAGACCAAUUACAGAUAUCUGAUCUCAGUGACUUGUGGAUUCACAACACUGAGAUGUGUGAUGAUCCACAAGCUUUCAGUUCAGAUGAAUCUGAGGAUGAACCUGAAGAAUGUUUGGGAACCAAAGAAGAAAACUCUGAGAUGACCACCUGCAAGCCUGAGGACUCUGACAGUAAUGAAGACAAGAAGGAAGCUUCCUCACACCGAGAGUUACAAAUUGAAGACUUUGACUUGUCACUUAAGACAUCUAGAGCUUUAGAAGCACACAAAGGUGAAGAUGAACCUGCUCCUGGCUUGGAAACCCUUUCACAUCAAGACAAGCUGGAUAAGGAGAGUGAUUCCUUGGUACUCGUGGAUUCGUCUGACCUAUCUCUGGAUGCCGAUGAUAAUCCUGGUUCAGACAUCGGGGAACCUGUGGACCAAGACGUUGUCUUUGAACUACAAUCUUUGUAUCUCCAAGCAAAGGACGAUAACGUUCUCCUACAGGAGAAGAUCUCUCUGCUCCAGCAGAAGACAGACCUCCUCCAGAGUCUCUUGGAGCACAACAACAUGAAGAUCCAAACGGGCCACGAGCACCUGGAGGAGAACUACAGCCUUAAAGUCAAACUGUUUCUGCUGAUAGAACACAUCAAAGUGCUGGAGAUGAAAGCCUUAAAACUGAAAGAACUUCAAGUUCUCUAUGAAGAUUGCUUGUGUGAGAACGCCAAACUAAAAGAACAAAACAGCAAACUUAAUAAGAGAGUUUGGAGCCUGGAAAGGAACAUAUCUCCUGAUUUCCACGACGAGCCCGUGUCCCCUUUGGACCAAAUCAGUGUGAUGCGAGAGGAGAACUGCAAGCUUGCUGAGUUAUUCAGGGAGUUUGACAUUAAUCCAGGUUCUCCCGAGAGACCAAGCAGCUCUUGUGAGUCUUCUACCUUAAAGGAUUGCUGCUGUGACUGUGAGGUGAACACCACCAAUCUUCACAAAGACAUCUCAGAGGUCCAAGGAGAGGAUGCAGGCACUCAGGCCAGUAGCUCCGCAGCUGUCCGCCUUGCUGAGGAGAACGUCAGCCUUAAGCACAAGAUUUCCUCGCUGCAAGAGGAAGACCUGAAACAAGCCCAGGAAGAUCUUACACGUACGCUGGAGCAGCUCAAUCAGGGGAAGGUCUUAGCUGAGCAGGCAGCGGAGGAUUUCAACAAACAGAUGUCAGAUCUUUGCUCGCAAAGCCGCCGGCUGCAGAGCGAGAACGGCACGCUGGCGCAGAAGAACGCCCGGAGCCUCACCGACGUGGGAACGCUGAAGAAGCAGCUGGCCGAGCUGAUGAAGGACAGCGAGAGGAAGGAGGCGUUCACGGGCGAGGAGAAGAGAAAGCUGGCAACGUGUGUGCGCUCUCUGGAGGCCGAGUUGACCAAAGCUCUGGAGGACAUGGCCAGGCUGGAGGAGAGGAACUCCCAGCUGGCCCGGCAGGUCUCUAAGCUCCAGGAGAAGGUGAAGACCAUGGAUGAGAGCCUUCAAGCCGUGGGCCACAAAAGAGUUUGCCUAAAGUCGGAGCUCCGGCUCAUGCAGCAGGAUCGGGACUCCUUCCUCCAGGAAGUUGCGGUGCUGCAGAAGCAGCUGCAGAAUUCCAAUGACAAGAACCAUGUUUUGGAGAUGGCCUUGCACUCCCAGACUCCCAACAAGAAGCUCCACAGGGAGGAAGAAGAUGAUCAGCUGCGACCGGACGCCACCAGCCUCCUGUCCCACAUGCAGCACCGAGCGAGCCAUUCUUCUGUGAUCAAAGCUUUGGAGCAUGAGAACGCCUUCUUGAAGCAGGAAGUAGACAGCCAGAAGCUAGUGAUCAAGGGCCUGGCUGCGAGAGAAGGACUUGCGGGGAUGAAGAAACUUCUGGAGGAAAACGAGGCCCUCAAGGACCAAGUGGAGCGACUUAAUUAUCAGCUGCUUGAGUCAUAUCGAACUCAUUUUGUGGAACUUCUGCCCGCGUCGCCUCGCAGGACGGCGAGGGGACACCGCGUUGAUGGCGACGCAGACAGCGCGCAGGACGGCCGUGAGCGCAGGAUGGCGUCCAUGGAGGAGAGGAUGAAGGAGAUCGAAGUGUCGCUGCAUAACGUCAAGAUGCUCCUCCGGGAGAAGGUGGCCCAGCUCAAAGACCAGGUGCACAAGAACAGCGUGGCGGACGUACUGAUCCGAGACCUGUACUCUGAGAACAGUCAGCUGCUGAAGGCGCUGGAGGCGUCCAAGCGGAGGAGACAAAAGAUGGCGGAAAAGAGCGAGGAGGACAUGUUGGACUUGCACACCAAAGUUUGUUGUCCAAAUCUACCAAACCUCCUGACAUCACCCACUUCUAACCUCCUGACAUCACCCAAUUCUAACCUGAAACACUCGCUUUAACUAAUAAGCAUGUACAGUAUUAUUGUUUCUAUUCUGCUGGUAUGUACACAUUGUUUACUACAUAUUAUAUACAGUAAUAUUUACAUAUUAUAUACAUAUGUACAUGAUUGUUUGUCUUUUAGUAUUUACUUCUAUACAU